UGUCUUCUAGCUCCCGGACCCUAUGGUCCUGGGAUCAUUGAUUCUCAGGCGCAGACCCUUAACUGCUAGCCAUUCUCAGAACCCUCUCCUCUUGCUCUUAUGCUUGCUACAUUAACCAGCAAGCAAUUGGUUCUCUUCAAGAUGCUGUCUUAUCUGGCCCUGCAAAGGUGUUAUAUCUGCGACUACCCUUGUAUCACUCGGUGUGGUGCGAUGCCUGGCUCGCUGGGACACGAUCCAAUAAUGGUUAUAGUGAUCCGGGUCUCAUGUAGGCGCACAACAGCUAUAACAAGAAGACAAGCGCAUAAAGGUGAUAGGGAUAUAAUGGCUACGAUAAUCCCUAGGUGCCCUUGUUCUCUUUUUGUUUUCGUGGACAAUGGGCGCAGAUACUUCAUAAGAGAUGCGAGCUGGAAAGCAUCCUACAACUUGCUAUCCUCAUGGCUUCCUAUCCCCUACAUCGACCUCUGUAAGUGCACUAUCAGUGACUGGCUACCUUUUUUGAGCGCAGUUUACAGCAACGAUAACCAGAGUUAUCUUUCCCGGGUCCCGGGCAGACGAAGGAAUCGGGACUAUCGGCAUGUCAGGUUUAGCGUGCCGCCUGAUAUACAGUAUAUUGACGAACUCAAUCAGCCGCCCCCUUACUCCGCGAGACCAAUGAGUCAGGCGUUUUCUCCUGAUCCACGACCAUUCAAGCCCACACGUAGCAAGCACUCGUCCGCCCAUCAACGUCAGCGUCCCAAAGCUACUGGAACUUGUACCGAACCGACAGACGCCAGUCGUACACUGCUCAUAGACCACGUAGGCGUUUGACAAAGCCCCCGCCAAACACCUUCGUGCAACUGCCGGGCACACGUCCCCGACAGUCCCGUCCCAAAGACUGGAGAGCAGACUAUCGACCUGGUCGACCCUACGG